UGGCGCAGCGCUAGCUCUGCCGCGCUCAGCUGCCCUGCGCCGGCACCCCUGGGAAUGAGCGCCCCCUCGACGCUGCCCCCCGGGGGGGAGGAAGGGCCGGGGACGGCCUGGCCCUCCGCAGCCAAUGCCAGCAGCGCUCCAGCGGAGGCUGAGGAGGCUGUGGCCGGGCGCGGGGACGCAGGGGCGGCGGGCAUGGUCGCCAUCCAGUGCAUCUACGCGCUGGUGUGCCUGGUGGGGCUGGUGGGCAACGCCCUGGUCAUCUUCGUGAUCCUUCGCUACGCCAAGAUGAAGACGGCUACCAACAUCUACCUGCUCAACCUGGCCGUAGCCGACGAGCUCUUCAUGCUGAGCGUGCCCUUCGUGGCCUCGUCGGCCGCCCUGCGCCACUGGCCCUUCGGCUCCGUGCUGUGCCGCGCGGUGCUCAGCGUUGACGGCCUCAACAUGUUCACCAGCGUCUUCUGUCUCACCGUGCUCAGCGUGGACCGCUACGUGGCCGUGGUGCACCCUCUGCGCGCGGCGACCUACCGGCGGCCCAGCGUGGCCAAGCUUAUCAACCUGGGCGUGUGGCUGGCGUCCCUGCUGGUCACUCUCCCCAUCGCCAUCUUCGCAGACACCAGACCGGCUCGCGGCGGCCAGGCUGUGGCCUGCAACCUGCACUGGCCACACCCGGCCUGGUCGGCAGUCUUCGUGGUCUACACUUUCCUGCUGGGCUUCCUGCUGCCCGUGCUGGCCAUCGGCCUGUGCUACCUGCUCAUCGUGGGCAAGAUGCGCGCCGUGGCCCUGCGCGCUGGCUGGCAGCAGCGCAGACGCUCGGAGAAGAAAAUCACCAGGCUGGUGCUGAUGGUUGUGGCCGUCUUUGUGCUCUGCUGGAUGCCUUUCUACGUGGUGCAGCUGCUGAACCUCUUCGUGACCAGCCUUGAUGCCACCGUCAACCAUGUGUCCCUCAUCCUCAGCUAUGCCAACAGCUGCGCCAACCCCAUUCUCUAUGGCUUCCUCUCCGACAACUUCCGCCGAUCCUUCCAGCGCGUUCUCUGCCUGCGCUGCUGCCUCCUGGAAGGUGCUGGCAGUGCUGAGGAGGAGCCCCUGGACUACUAUGCCACUGCUCUCAAGAGCAGAGGUGGGGCAGGGUGCAUGUGCCCCCGGCUCCCCUGCCAGCAGGAAGCCCUGCAACCAGAACCCAGCCGCAAGCGCAUCCCCCUCACCAGGAUCACCACCUUCUGAAGAGCCUUUCCCUACCCACCCUGCGUGGCCACCUCCCAAGGGGUCGGCACCAUUCCUACAGCCCCGAAGAUUGCAUCUCCCGGAUGCUCACCUAAGCUCCACCACCUGUUCCUUCCAGCAGCCCAUGUACCUGCCGGAGAGUGUCAGAACUCUUCUGCUGCUCUCCUCUCCCCUGCACUCUGGCUUUCAGAAGGAUGCUUCCAUAUGGGUAGGACUCCUCUGGGAACUGGGCUAGGAUAUGAAUCAUUCCUGAACCUCUGGCUGUUCUUCAAGGGCUGGGAAGCAGGAGGUGGUGAGAAAUGAAUGGCCCCUGUGUGUGACUCGUUACAGCCACUGCUUGGGAGAGGACUCAAGAGGGUGGAGGGAGGUAGCACCCUUCCUCUCUGCAGACGCUCUGCCUUGUGAUGGGAGCACAGCCUGUAGAAGAGAGAGGAGGAAGGAAGAUGCCCCCAGGCACCUGCCCUUUAUGUCUCUUCCUGGGAUCUUGUUAAGUGAGAUUUAUGUUAACAGCCUGGGGCACUUGCUUCCCUCCCCACACACCCCGGGCCUCCGAUUAACAUCUGCUUGCUGUCACAGGUGUCUCCCUGGGUUGCCCUGAGCUGGGAGCAGUCUUCCUGUGAGUAGAAAAGGUUUGGAGAGACACGACAUGGGGUUUAUUGCAAGGCAUAAAACCAGGUCAGUAAUAACAAAGCAGAUGAUAAAAACCUCAUCUAGCUCCUAUGAUGUAAUUUUUUGUCCCUGAUCUUUUGAUGUGGGAACAUGAGAACUCAUUAAGGCAGCAAUUUAUACUGUGGUGGUGAGUGGGAGAGGAGCUAUAGGUGGGAAAAGCCGACCAGAGAGCAGCGAGGGAUGGGAACCAGCCCAGGUUUUGGAUAGAGGAGGCAGCUUCAUCACCCCCUAUUUUAGAAUGUCAUCGUUCACUAAAACAUCAGCCACAUUAGAUAUUAACGUGUAAGUUGAACACAAUAAAAGGCCGUAUCUUUGUUGCCUGAUGUGUUAACCAAAGGAUAAAUUAUCUUUCCCAAAGGGAAAGAGCUUAAGAGGAGCUCUAAUUCUGCUUUCUGAUAAAAGCAGGGGAGGGGACAAAGGAGAACUUGGAACGCUUAUGUUAGCAUCUGGUGUGACAACAUAGGAACAUGUAUGAAGUUUGGGGGGUCCCACUUGGCUUAGCAUUCAGAGACUACCUCUGGGUUUAGCCGGCCUGAUUCUGGAUGAUCAUUCUGGUGGUAUGGGGAAGAUGGUGUGGGGAGGAGAAGAGACAGCCAAAGGGCAACACCCUAUGCCCUUCAGAGUGGUCAGCCUCACAGACCACUCUGAGAGAAUGCGUAGCCACGUCUGUACUACAUACUAGAGACAUGACUGUGGAAUGGAAGUUUCAAAACUAAGUCAGAGAACCCUCUGAUCCUGCAAACACACAUGCACACACACAGAGACAUCAACCAUCCCUAAUUUGUUGGUACCCACCAGGGAUACCUUGGGCAUCUGGAGUAAGUCAGUCUCCAUGUCUGUGGGUCUCGUGUAACCAUAACUACUUGGAGGUUUUUAAAACUGCACUAUUUCUUUGUUCCUCAGUGUCUGACAAUGCCUGCCAGGAUGGGCACUGAUAAAUAUGUUUGAACGGAACUCCAAGGACCACCCAGGCUGAUAGUAGUGAGUUUGCGUACAGAAGACUGCAAUGAAUUGAAGUCAUGAGACACACAGCCAGGAUCCUGAAAGCCACUGACAUACGUCACUGACUGUGAGGCUUGCUUCGAUGGUCAUCUUGUUCUGCCUGCUAAGAACAGGAGUCACAGCUAUUGACAUCAUUGUGAAUAAAAACAUUUUCUGCCACAGGUAGAAACAGCCUUUGCUCAUCCCUCCAUCCAUGAGAGAUCUUGCUUUUUCUUUUACAAUUGUCUUUAAUUUACUGUUCCAUGACAAUCCAGGUGUUCCAUUUUCCCAGAUGGUCAGGGAAGAUGGUAUUUGGACAUGACAGGCUGUCACUCAGCAGGAUACUUGCCCAGUUUGUUAGCUCUGAUCUGUGAGCAUAUGACUUUCACACUCGUCUGUGAAGUAUUGGC